AUGGCUAGAGGGCCAUUGGCACUUCACGAACACGUGGCUUCGCGCUUAGAGACAUCGCUGGGCAAACGGCUUCCUCAGAUGGAAGUGCGUUUCAAGGACGUGUCCAUCUCUGCGGACAUCGUGCAUACAGUGACCAAGCGUAUUCUGAGAAGCGUGAGUGGCGUCCUAAAGCCAGGAACCAUCACACUUGUACUGGGGCAGCUUGGGUCAGGCAAGUCGUCAUUGAUGAAGCUACUAAGUGGACGCUUCCCGAAGGACAAGAACGUCUCGAUCGAGGGUGAGGUGACGUACAAUGGCACGUCGGCUGAAGAGUUGCACAGACGACUACCGCAGUUGGUGUCGUAUGUGCCACAGCGUGACAAACAUUACCCCGAAUUGACAGCGCUGAAAGCCGCUCAAGCACUUGUCAAACAUUACCCAGACGUUGUGAUCCAGCAACUGGGACUGGAGAACUGUCAGCACACAAUUGUGGGCGACGCUAUGCUACGUGGUGUGUCUGGUGGAGAGCGUAAGCGCGUGACCACAGGCGAGAUGUCGUUUGGUAACAAGUACGUGAUGAUGAUGGACGAGAUCAGUACGGGGCUGGACAGCGCCGCGACGUUCGAUAUCAUCACGACGCAACGUAGUCUGGCCAAGAAGUUCCGUAAGACAGUGGUCAUCUCACUACUGCAACCGUCACCCGAGGUGUUCGCUCUGUUCGACGAUGUGAUGAUUCUAAACGCCGGUCACCUUAUGUACCACGGACCAUGCACAGAAGCCUUAAGAUACUUCGAGAACCUUGGCUUCAAUGAAACUCGACAAUGGAGUCAUCCCUCGUUCUCCCAGUGA